AUAAGCAUGUUAUGAUCAAUAUUGAUUCGAUGUUGAACCACUUAACCCCCAGAGCCUAUAAUUCUGAUCCCAGCACCCUUACAUUAUGGGGGAAAACUAAAUUGUCAUGAUAGAUUCUACAGUACACCUACGCUUAUUAGUUACUUGAUUUCAAUUCGAAGGGUACACAAUGAAAUAGAAAAACAAAAUUGGAAAAAUAUUAUGACAAUAAGAAUGAAGUAACUUAUUUAAUAUUGAAGACCAUUCGACACUGCCUAAUUUAAGCCCGAAAAUGACAGUGGUAUUGAAGCUGAAGUAUAUUCUGAAGUUAUCUUUCACGAACAACAGUGUUAGAGGAUUGAGAAGUCAAUUUGAUAAAGACGAAAACAGUAUUAGCAAUUCGUUAAGGCUAGUAUGUUUAACAGCUCAAUUUGGAGGAAUAAUGCCAUUGUCAGAUAUCGAAACUAGAGGCAAAUUCCCAAAAUUCGAAUGGAGAUCUAGUCGUACCCUUUAUGCCUUCGUUCGUUUUGCGGGUUCAAUAUUACUUGCUUCCAUCCACAUACAUAAAAUGUCGGAAACGGCACUCACCCUCCAAAAAAUGAGGAUAUUACUUUUUUUCAUGUCUGGAUUGGUCACUAGCGUAAAUUUUUUUAUUUUGGCGCGAAAGUGGCCUUUGUUGAUCAGAAAAAUCCACGUCGUGGAUUUGGAAAUAUCUAAGAUACAGGAAAAGUCGAAUUUGAGAAAAACUGUUAGAAUUGCUUUCCUUAUUUAUAUGUUAGUAGCAGCGAGUGAGUAUCUCGAGAAAAAAUCAGCAACAGAUAAUUGGAAAUAUUUAUAACUUUCAAAUUUGUACUUUGCAGUAGAGCAUUUUUUGGAAGACAUCCACAAGAUCUCUUUGAUAAAAACAUGUGGUUUAAACUUUUCUAAGUCAGUAGAGAUGUUCUUG